AUGAUAUUAUUUGAACGGGAACGUAAAAGAGCACUAAAUGUCCUUAAUGUUAAUAAACAUAGAAAAGCAGUAACAUCAACGACGACGACAAUAGCAACAGAAGAUGAGUUUAUUAAUUAUAAUGAUACAAUAGAUGCACUUUAA